UCGUCGACGCCAUGUGUCCGGCCGCCAGCAGCCUGCUGCCCUACGCGGUGCUCGCCGUCUACCUGGGCGACGACCGCUUCACCCUGACCACGCGGCCCAAGGGCGAAUGCUCUCACUGCGUGCGGCUCAACCUCACGGAGGACAUCGGCUUCCUGCUGUUCACCAGGCAGAACCCCAGGAGCCCGCACCGGCUGCUGGCGGGGGACGACGCCCGCCUGCGGAGCUCGCCCUUUGACCUGCGCGCGCCCACCGUCGUCUACAUCCACGGCUUCUCGGAGCACUGGGCGGGGCUGGGCGCAUCCGCCAUCCGGGACGCCUACCUGGAGCGCGGCCACUACAACGUGGUGGUGGUGGCGUGGCAGACCAUGGCGGCCGGCCCGUGGUACGCCCGCGCCGUCGCCAACUGCAAGGUCUGCGGGCGGCACACGGCAACCUUCCUGGACUACCUGGUGUCGCGCGGCCUGGACCUCGCCUCGCUGCACGUGGUCGGCUUCAGCCUGGGCGCCGAGGUGGCCGGCUACGUGGGCGGGUUCCUGGCGUCCGGCCGCCUGCCGCGCGUCACAGGUCUGGACCCGGCCUUCCCGCUGUUCGUGCUGCGCACGUCGCGCAACCGCCUGAGCCGCGGCGACGCCGACUUCGUGGACGUGAUCCACACGGACGGCGGCGCCUUCGGGUUCCCGGGCGCGCUGGGGCACGCCGACUUCUACCCCAACGGCGGCACGGCGCCGCAGCCCGGCUGCCGACUGGCGCAGCACCUCGCGAGUGGCCAGCUUCAGGACAUCGUGAGCUGCAGCCACCAGAGGGCGUGGAAGCUGUACGCGGAGUCGGUGCGCAGUGAGUGCAGUUUCCGCGCCACCAGGUGCCACCACUGGUUCGCCCACGUGCUGGGGCUGUGCGCAGACGGCGACCGCGCAUACAUGGGCCUCGCCGCGUCGCCCAGGGCGCGGGGCAAGUACUUCCUGCGCACGAGGGACCGCCCGCCCUUCGGCCUGAGCGAGGGGCCCUGCGAGCAGCAGGGGCCGCUUCGGGCGUCUCCGCCGCGCUUCGGCCGGACUCGGUCCUCCCGUGCCCGCUCGCGGGGAUGAGUUCCGAAGUUCUCCGAAGUUUGGAAAUACGCCAUAUCGCAAGGAUUUAUAUAUAUAUAUAUAUAUAUAUAUAUAUAUAUAUAUAUAUUAAUUACUGUCUUAGAGUAUUUCGAAUAACGCAAACCUAACCUAACAAACAUUUCAUUUCAGUUUCGAUAGCCUAACAUAACCUAACCUCUCGGGGAAAAAAAUAAAAAAGCUAUUAUUUAUUACACUGACCAAACCUAACCUAACCUUAUACUUGGGUAUAAACUUUGGACCUGUUUACACACACCGAACCAAUCUUAUCCUAACAUUUUACUUCGGUAAACUUCGGAAAUGUUCGGGUUUUUUGGUUGGGGCUUUCAAAAAAAAUUAAUUGCGUUGUAAGUUGCGAUCAGGUAAUGCAGUCGCCAAAGAAAAAAUAGGGAGAGGCCAAAACUCAAUUCCCUCAAGCAGCCUUGUUGGAUCUCUUAUAGCACGAUUUUUUGUACCCCUUAAAAGUUUUAAUAUUUAUUUGUUUUAAGGUCCGGCGACGUUACACGUAUACAACCUGACUAUAGCAAGUACGAAGAAAGAGCAUAAUUUUUAUGCGGGUUCAAACGCACGUGCUUGUAAAAAGCUAUUUAUAGUUGUAUGCCCUUUGAACUUCCGUUAAAGUAUUUAAUUUCGGAGGCAUGGUUGACUUGACCUCGUAUUUUGUACCAUGUUGAAAAAAUUUAAAUAACACAUCUUAAAAUGCAUUCCAAGUGAUCAAAUAUAGCCGAUAGUGUGAUAAAAAGCUGCAAGCUUUUACUUAUAACAUUAUAAUAUUAGUGAUAAAAAUGUAAUCGAAUGUAGCGAACACUGUCGAGACCGAAAGUCACUUCAAAAUCACAUCGAUUUUUUUUUUAAUCUGUGAACUAUUUCUAAAACAUAUCUACAUUGCUUAGGUGGUAUGCACAUAUGUGGCAAAACACACGAUUUUAAAACAGAUAGUCCAGAAAAUGCAAAGCUACUGUAUCUUUUGUAGUUAUCCAUGACCAAAACAGAAACUAACAAUUUAUUUGUUGUAAAAAUGUUGAAAAUAUAGGCAUAAUGGGCCCAUGUCAAUCUCCCACAAGAUGACCUACAAAAUUCCUAACUUUUGUAUUUAUAGUUAUUCAGAUAGCAUACAGAGAUUUGCUAGUUGUUUUGUACUGCUUUUAAUUGUAUUUCUAGAUAUUUAUUAUUUUUACUUUUGUUAUUACCAGUGUGUGUGUUUUUAAGGUGGAAAUAUAAUUUUUAACUGUGACCUGGUUGGAAUAAAUUUUAAUUCAGCGUUCUAUCCUUUUAUACCUGGUACUAUUAACAGGCAGAAACAGUAAAAUGUUUGUGAUUGUC